AUGGCAACGGUUCGAUCACUCGGUCUUCACCAGCCCCCCGCGCUUCCUUUCCUGAUAACUGAAUCCCUUCUACCUCCAGACCCAUCAGAGGAUGACUAUGUGUGGCAGACGCUAAAUGUCGAGGAUCCAUCUGGAAAGUCUCACGACGAGGAUAUUAUCUACACUAAAACCUGCGUGGUUUGGAGCCGAGGCGGCGUCGUGAAGAGGGUCUUCAAGGUCGAUAUUGAGAAGGAGGAAAUACGACAUGUCGUCCUUACAUCUUUCCCAUCGGGGAAAACCAACAAGCCUGCUGGUCUGUCGUCUCAGUUGGCCACUAGGGAUUGUUCUGCAGGUGGACGACAGGACGGACAGAAGGAAAAGGAGCAACACGAUGAAAUCCCUAGGCUGAUCUUGAACGCCGAUGGAGAUGGACUGGCUGGCGAUUUGAACGGUGUUUCUAGCGACCUGUCUAGAGCCUUGGUCGUGGUUCUUAAGACUCAGGCACACAUCUUCUUCUUGGCUGGGAACAGCCAUGUUGUACCUUUGCCCUUUGAAGUGGAUUCUGUCUUUGCGUCUCCACGAGGUUUGGUGUUUCAAAGAAAGAUUCAUGACGAAGGCUCUGAUGCUCUUCCCACGGCGCCGCCAAACUCUUUCGUAUCUUCGCAAGCGCAGGCAGAUUUUCGGUCGUCUCAAUCCUUUCGAUCAUCAAGAGGACAAAGCUCUCGUCUAUCUUCGACGGUUUCUCCGGCUCAACCAUCACGAUGGGCUCCAAAACAUGAUAAUAAUGCAGAUCUACCCAGGGCCUUUUCUCUAACCGAUCCUCAUUCUGAGAUGGGUUUAGUUGUUGCCAAUCAAUCCUCCCGCUCUGCAUACGGCGAGCCUAAGGGGUUUGACACUCUCGACCCUGCCGAUGAGAUAGUAUACGUGUCCGACACAAACGAACUGAAAGGUGUUGACCGGACCCUGGCUGAUUUCCCCCUGAUAUUUGUCGUUACAUUAAAUGCAAACACAGGCCUAUAUACCCUUUGGACAGCACGGUAUAGGGAAGAAGAGAGCAGGCAAGAUUCGAAAAGGCGAAAGAUGCCAUUGGCUAGCGGUGCCCGUUCAAAGAGGCGCAGCUCUCAUUUUGGUAUGGCAACAGGUGCAACUACCCCGGCAGUUCGUCCCUCUGGCAUGAGAGAAAGCUUUGGAACCGCACGAAACAUGUCGGGAGUGUCGUACCCCCAGGGUUACCAAGUUGAAGAAAAUACAAACGAAACAGAUCUUGCUUCCCAGAUCGGUCAUGAAUUUGGAGACAUUGGCGGCGUAUCUCUGAAGACAUCAAGGCGAGUGAGUUCAUUGCUUGCCAGAGCUGAUCUCGGGUCCAGCCAAGACAGAACGACUUUUUCAGACCUUGCUACUGGAAAUCCAAGCAACUCUGCUACGUAUGGUAGCUUGCGGCAAUCGAUUGGAGGUUUCAGUAAUCGAGCAAGUUUCGGAUUCAAUCCUAGAAGUUCUUUCCCCGCUGGAAAUGCUUCGGUGUAUAGCACCAAUAGCAGCUUCCUCGAUGCUCCUGUUGAUCGGCUCCUGGAAGAGCUGAACAACGGUGGUGACUUUGAAGGGUUUGAAAGCAUGGAUCUUACGGGAUCAACGUCAGGCCUCCCCAAAGAGAUGAUGCUUCGAAAAGUGGAAAGCUUUUCGUCAGGCCUUUCUCCUGGCAUCUCGUUUAGUGACUUGAAGAACUCUCGCAAACCAAAGAUAUUCACCCUUCGACCUAGUGGUGGCGAGGACUUGCGGAAGGGAGACUCGACAGCCAUUGCUCUUUGCCUGCUCGACCGUAACUCAAAGUCUCUCGUUGUGAUGAAUCUGAAGAUUGAGAGGGUUACUUUGUCUGCAGAAGACCUAGCUUAUGCCCGAAAACAAAGGAAGGGACACAAAACAAGCCAACAGUCUUUAGUCGUCCAUGCAACAGACAUACGGCGCGGUUCCAAUAUACUAGACGCUUGUAAGAUUGUCGAUGGCGAUGUUUCUCGAAUACUAGCAUUGAGCUCAACCAUGGACGGUCGAGGCGAACUGACGCUCCAAUCUCCAUGGAGUACACCAGUUAAGAUCGACCUGCCCUCUAAUCUGUUGCUGCAUGAGCCGCAUCGGAUGUCGAUUCCUAGACUAUCAAAUCGCCCACAAGAUACCGGUCUGAAGAGAGUCAUAGGCGAUUCCUCGCUCAAACUGAUCGGCGUGGACCAUCCAUCUUCUCAUGGUAAAGUGGACGUGAUCGAUUCUCAAAAGAGGCGGCAUCGCAUCCAAAUUCAGUUGCAGCCGAGCAAUCCCCUUGUCAAGAAGAUGUUGGCAGUUUGCCGGUUUGUCCUCAAAGACUCGGCGGGAGCUGGAGAUGGAUUGAUUGUUGGCUGGUGGGAGGUGCUGAGGUGGCUUCGUUCCAGAGAAGUGAACGAGAAUGACUUGGAAUGGACUGCAAUGGUGGUCGUCCUCUUCACAAUGGCGGUUGGGUUCAUCGAGUCCAGUCAACCGCAGCCUGCGACUCCGGUCAAGCAGACUCGGAGAAAGAAAAGUCUCUUGCGAUCGAGUAGCGGCAGCUAUGUGGAUCUGGAGAGCUGGAACUCAAUGUUAGAGCAGAUGGCAGGGUCAUCCGGAAUCUCCUCACCAUGGAUGAUGAGUAGUUCCUGGGCAUGGGUUUCAGAGCAGGACGGUGACGAUUUUGCUGGCUCGCCUCGGCACGGAAAGUCUCCUAAAAUAGAACAACGGCCUUUUGCUGCAUCUUCUGCAGCGUCGAGGGAUUAUCCAAAGAAUUCCUACUUGAUUCGAUGUGCCAGUCUGGCACGAGAGUUCUUUGAAAGCCCGCAGGGCGAAGCUGCUUCUGGUUCAGAAGGCUACCUUCCCACUGCCGUCUCUCAGAACCAAAACACUCGGCGGACCGCCUUAUGUACUAUCCUUAUUGGUCUGCACCUCCUUCGAGAGGAACAGAAGCUUUCCGUGUGCGAUAGCGAGUCUUCCUACCGGGAGAUGGGCCUGCUAGCUCCUGUUUUGGCCCAAAUUGGAGGAUGGCUGGGCUGGCCGUCGUGGACGUGGAAGGAUGCCGGUUAUUAUCUAACCGAAAUGGCAAGCAUGGAUCGGUGGCUUUUUGAAGACACACGCAUAUCGGGUCUCGAAGUCCCUGCAGAACCUUUCGCUCCUCCUUCGAUAUUUGCUUUCUUAAAAGACUCUUGGAAUCAGCCUUCAUCUUCCUUCUUCACUCUUCUGGACAUUGUUUCCGCCGCAGACCGCGAACCUGAAAAGGGGAAACUUUGGCAUGAGGCGUUUAGUCUAACUCCUAGGACCCUGGCACUGACUGGUUUCAUGUCCGAGGUCAGCCAGAAAUCGACCACUGUCGAUAGGACAAAGCUGUUGCUUCGUUGGGGCCUGACAAGUAACGUUAUUGAAACUUUCCCCGAGGGUGUCAGCGCACCGCUUUACGAGAUCAUCGUGCGCUGCCAGAUAAAUCCUCCAGCAUCGUGGACUGCAGAACUCGUGGAACUGAUCGAUCGAGACGAUCUUUAUUUGUCCAUGAAUACCGAGAAUUCCAUGGCACCAGUGUCGCGGUCCCAGCCUGCUUCAAGCCACGAUGCUAUACGCGACUUCCACCACAUUGGAGCUUCGACAUUGGAUGUCGACCUGACCAAUUCUUUUGAGGCUUCCAUCGAGGCGGAUCGCAUCGCCAUUACGAAAUUGAUCUUCCGGGAGGAUCGGAGAUUUGUGGAAGCAUCCAAGCUUUUGAACCAGUCCAAAGCUCCGGUGGCGCAGUGUAUUCCUGAGCCUGAAUGGUCUGAUUCCGACCUAUUAGAAGCACAAAAAGAGGUGGUCCAGCUUGUCACUCUGAGGACCCUUUCUGUUCCUGCGGGUCGGGGCAUGUUCAUGUUCAGUGGUCGCUCGCCGUUAUUGACCGAAAAGCUCCCAAUUCCAUCAUUCUCGCUGCAGUGUGUUAUGAAACCGUCAAAUGUGACCAUUAGCGCAGACCGAUCCCUGUUCAGUGAGGAGAAGGUCUGCUGGGCCUUCUUUCAUAAUGGUGCUGCAACGGGUCUUGCUAUUUCAAGGGCUUCUAAGGGCAUUGACACCUCCUGGAUCCUGUUCAAUAAACCUCAGGAGCUAACUAAUCGACAUGCCGGCUUUUUGCUUGCCCUUGGGCUGAACGGCCAUCUCAAAAAUUUGGCCAAGUGGGUCGCCUUCAAGUACUUAACACCGAAGCAUACGAUGACAUCAAUCGGCCUUUUGUUGGGACUCUCAGCAUCGUAUUUAGGCACGAUGGACACGCUCAUAACCCGCCUUCUUUCGGUGCAUGUCACCCGGAUGCUUCCCCAGGGCGCUGCCGAGUUAAACCUGUCGCCUUUGACACAGACUGCGGGCAUUAUGGGAAUUGGACUGCUCUAUUGCAAUUCUCAACACAGACGGAUGAGUGAAGUCUUGCUGUCGGAGAUUGAGAACGUUGAACAAGAAGACAGCACGAUCUCUCAAGAGGAUCUGCGAGAUGAGGGCUACCGACUAGCGGCGGGAUUUGCUCUCGGGUUUAUUAACUUGGGUAAAGGCAAAGACUUGAGGGGCCUGCGAGACAUGCAGGUCGUCGAGAGACUGCUUGCUUUGGCCGUCGGGACAAAGAACGUUGAUCUUGUCCAUAUCCUGGACCGAGCCACGGCCGGAGCUACCGUUGCUCUCGCGAUCAUUUUCAUGAAGACGAAUGACGAGGCUCUCGCCCGCAAAAUCGACAUCCCAGACACCACGGUGCAGUUUGACUAUGUUCGACCUGACAUUUUCUUGCUUCGAACGCUGGCCCGACAUCUCAUCAUGUGGGAUAGUAUCUGCCCAACCUACGAGUGGUUUGCUCAGAGUAUUCCGCCUGUCUACCGACGGCGUUAUCGCCUUACGGGAAUCCGCCGUUUACGCAGCGAUGACAUGCCCUUUUUCAAUAUUAUCGCAGGACUCUGUUUUGCGAUUGGGCUUCGAUACGCAGGUUCGGCUCUUCCGCAGGCGAGAGAUCUGCUUCUUUCGUAUCUCGAUCAAUUUAUUCGGAUCUGCAGGCUUCCUGCCCUUCACUAUGAUGCCAAACUGGCGCGGAACUCGGUGCGGAACUGUCAAGAUAUUGUUGCACUCUCCGCGGCUGCGGUGAUGGCGGGCACGGGAGACUUGGCCUUGUUCCGACGCCUGCGUUCCCUCCAUGGGCGGGUCGACCCAGACACGCCGUAUGGAAGCCAUAUGGCAGCGCACAUGGCAAUCGGGCUGCUCUUCUUGGGUGGAGGCAGUUAUACUCUUGGGACAUCGAACCUGGCCAUUGCGUCACUGCUGUGUGCUUUCUAUCCCAUUUUCCCGACCACAGUGCUGGACAAUAAAUGCCACCUCCAAGCAUUCCGGCAUCUGUGGGUUUUCGCAGCGGAGCCUCGCUGUCUGGUGCCUCGAGAUGUCGACACGCGACGGCCCAUCUCCAUUCCGGUGUCGUUAACCAUGAAGAACGGGGAGACCAAGGAAGUCACGGCGCCCUGUCUGCUUCCUGACCUGGACGAAAUUGCGAUGAUCAAGGCACACGGCCGAGAUCAUUGGCCGCUUGUGCUGGACUUUAGCCGCAACGAACAGCUUCGCGAGAAGUUCCGCCGCGGCGACCAGUCGAUCUACCUGAGGAGGAACACGACCUACGAUCCGUCCGGAUCAUCGGUGUUUGCCUCUACGCUGCUAGGUCUGAGUGAAGCACAGGAUAUACUGCCUAGUUCAGCGAUGAAGGGACCGACCGCGCAGCUGCCGAAUACAGUUGCGCUUCUCCUCUCGCAGGGACGCCGCAGCCAGGUGCCUACCCAUGACCUCUGGGAUUGGAUCUUCAGUCUUCCUUCAUUACAGUGGUUGGAUGUCGCAGACCGAUCGAUCGUCUUGCCUCCGUCCCCAUUCCAAUUCCGGCCGCGCUAUCCUUCUGACGGGGGUAUCGUCUCUCUCCCACCGUGGCUGCGCCUGUCGUCAAUCGACACCCGACUCGUACUGGAAAGUACCGUCAACGGCGCUGUCGCUGCCGCUUCUGGCGACAGCAACAGCAACGGCAACGGGUCCGACGAAGUGCGAGACCGCCUGUGGCAAUUACGGCUGCUCUUUGACUGGGUGGAUCGCGGGUUCGACGGAGACGACAAGCCCGAGCAGAGCGAGGGCGAGAAGGAGAAGGAGAACGACGGCCAAACCGCAGAGAAGCAGAAAGGCCUCUGGCUACGAAGAGACGUCAUUGAAGAAGCGAGAUGGAAGAUAUGGGGGGUGCAGAGAGGCAAGGAGAGGAGAUAG